ACUUGCAACAGAACCCGACAUAGAGAGACAAAUCAUUAAACUACAAUCUACGACUGUUGUGGAGAAGAAAGGGGAGAGAGAAAAAAGGGAACGCGCCCAGAAAGCGAUGCAUCGCUGCCGGGUGCAGCAACACAAAUGCCGUGGAGGGAGUGGCCCUGUUCCUUUUCCCGAAAAAUAAAGGUGUUAACAAAAAGCAUGACGAAUAAGCCAGUGGCAGGUUCACGAGAUGUCAGCUGGAACAGAACAGAUGUGCAAACGAAGCCAUUCAGUGCAGAUACACUGAUAAAUUUAUCUGGUACCAGAUAUGUAUCCUUGACCAAGGAGACAUUUGAGCGUCUGAUGUUCUGCUGUCUGGAGUGCUCCAGUGAGUGUCGGAUCCGAGGGAAAGGCAGAGGUGAGAAUCUCACUUUCAGACAAGAGUGCCUGAUCUGCUGUAACUACAGAGUGUGGACCUCUCAGGCAGCCGAUAUAUCAAACGACAAGGUGACUGAGUGUUCACUAUGUAGUGAUGCUCAUGGACCGUCAUCUGAUGACAUACCUGUGACUGUUGACCAGGAGCACACAAGUGAUGAGUCUCCAAAGCCGACGUGUGAGGACAAUGCUCAGGCUGCUGCUGAUUCCAUCUCGGUGAGAGAGAAACAUGAUGAGAAUGUGAAGGAGGAAGAGCUGAGUCUCCUGAUGGAAAUACACGAGGACGGUGCUGAGGAAGAGGGUACAAACCUUGCACUGAUAAGUGAUGAAACCACUAACCCAGUUUACCCUGAAUCUUCUGGCACCCUGAUGGCUGAUGAGGAACUGUUUAUUGAAGCGCUUUCUGAGCACGAAAGUGACCACUCCUCUCAAAACGCACAAGAUGAUACAGAUGAUGAGUACCUGCCGAACUCCUCAGAGGAAGAGCUAUUUACUGAUGAAAACUGUAGCGAAAAGCUCACUAAGAAAAUGAGCAGCAAGUCCUCUAAAAAGAGACAGCAAGAGGAUUCAGAUGAGUACAUGCCAAGCUCCUUAGAUGAGGCUUUGCAGAGUUGUGGUGAGGAAAUUCCUAACAAGGGGAUUCCCAAGAGUCGAUUUCAGAACACUGUUAAACCAGUAAUUUGGUGUAUAGACUGUGAAGCUGUAGCUAAAACGUUUUGUACAUUUCAGCGGCACAAGAAGAACUAUUGCUGUGCAGAGUGCGUCUCUGGUGAUGCUGUCGAGAACCUCAGUUUAAAGGACUUCUCCGUUCAUUUUAGUGACAUCCAGAGUUUUCAUCUGCAUGCCAUUGCCAAGCAUUGCGGCACGGAAAAGCUUUUCGAACACAAGAUCUGUCAGGACUGUAACAAAACGAUCAAGGUGGAGACAGAUCCCAACAAGAAGGGCCAUGUGUGCAAGUACAAGGUCAAACUGUUUUGCUGUAAUGUGUGUCACAAACACUUCAUCACCAAAAUCGGACAAAAAUUGCAUUACUAUCGCUUGCACACGGCCCACCAAUACACCUGCAAGUACUGCAUGAUGGUGUUUGAUACAAAACAGUCCAAGCUAGAGCAUGAGCAGAGUCACACAGAAGACACACUUUGCUACCUAUGCCCAGACUGUCCAGAAAAAUUCAAAGACUUUUUUACGCGCAACGAGCAUUUAAAGACUCACAGAAGUAAAAAGAAACACACCUGCAGCAUGUGCAAUAGGAAAUUUGCCUUAUUUCAGGGAUACGAGAGACACUUGCGCAUCCACUCAGGAGAGAAGUGUGGGUGCAAUCAGUUAAAGCCUUUCAAGUGUGAGGUGUGUAACUGUUCUUUCAACCAGGAUGGGCAUUUGAAAUCCCACAUGCGUCUCCACACAGGGGAGAAACCCUUCCUGUGUGAGCAUUGUGGAGAGUCUUUUAAUCACAACAUCAGCCUGAGGAACCACCAGCAGAGGCACCAUGGCAUCACUGACUCUAGCUGUGUGCCAGCAGAGGAGAACAAACCAAUCGGGAGACCCAUAAGGAACGAAGAUCAGCCUAGGAGGCAAAGAAAAAUGUGCUCUACUACUGCUGAUGCGGAGCUGGAGAGUUGCGAGUCUGACUCUGAUGAAGAGCAGCAGAAAAGAGGUCGGAAGAGGAAAGGCAGGAGGAAAAAGUAACGUACAAACCAGACUGUUGAC